AUCGGCGGGGACGGCGGCUGCGCGGCCGGAAGCGAGGCUUGGUGCAGGAAUGUGUUUCUGAUGGUCUGAAUUUCAGUCAUGUCAUACUACUUGCAAAAUUUCCUAAAAAUUACAAGCCAUCGUCUUCUGUAUUCAAGAUUAUGCCUGCAGUUAAGAAGUAAAAGGUUUUUCGGAACUGUACCAACAUCCAGUUUGCGAAGGCGGGUUGUCAUUACAGGCAUUGGCUUGGUGACUCCUCUUGGCGUUGGAACUCAACUGGUAUGGGAUCGUCUUAUCCGAGGAGAGAGUGGAAUUGUUUCACUGGUUGGUGAAGAGUAUAAGAGGAUUCCUUGCAGUGUUGCUGCUUAUGUGCCAAGAGGUUGUGAUGAAGGUCAGUUCAAUGAACAGAACUUUGUGUCCAAAUCAGAUACCAAGUCCAUGUCUUCUCCCACCAUCAUGGCCAUUGGUGCUGCAGAGUUAGCGCUGAAAGAUUCAGGCUGGUAUCCUCAGUCAGAAGCUGAUCAAGCGGCUACUGGUGUUUCAAUUGGCCUGGGAAUGGUUCCUCUUGAAGUUGUUUCGGAAACUGCUUUGAUGUUUCAGACAAAAGGCUACAAUAAAGUCAGCCCAUUCUUUGUCCCUAAGAUUCUGGUCAAUAUGGCAGCAGGCCAGGUCAGCAUUCGGUAUAAGCUCAAGGGCCCCAAUCAUGCCGUAUCCACAGCCUGUACCACAGGAGCUCAUGCUGUGGGAGAUUCUUUUAGAUUUAUAGCCCAUGGUGAUGCUGAUGUGAUGGUGGCUGGAGGUGCAGAUUCUUGCAUCAGCCUUUUAUCUCUUGCUGGGUUUUCCAGAGCCCGGGCUCUGAGCACAAACUCUGAUCCUAAGUUAGCAUGUCGACCAUUUCAUCCAAAGAGAGAUGGUUUUGUGAUGGGAGAAGGUGCAGCUGUGCUCGUGCUGGAAGAACAUGAACAUGCUGUUCAAAGAGGGGCUCGAAUUUAUGCAGAAAUUUUGGGCUAUGGACUCUCAGGUGAUGCCAGUCACAUAACCGCCCCGGAUCCUGAAGGAGAUGGUGCCUUAAGAUGCAUGGCUGCUGCUGUAAAAGAUGCAAGUAUACAACCUGAGGAGAUAUCCUAUGUCAAUGCACAUGCUACUUCCACGCCAUUGGGAGAUGCUGCUGAAAACAAAGCUAUAAAACGUCUUUUCAGAGACCAUGCAUAUGCCCUUGCGGUUUCUUCAACUAAAGGGGCCACUGGACAUCUGCUGGGGGCUGCAGGAGCAGUUGAGGCAGCUUUUACUGCGCUGGCUUGUUAUUAUCGAAAACUACCACCAACUUUAAACCUGGAUUGUACAGAACCAGAAUUUGAUCUCAAUUAUGUUCCACUAAAGACACAGGAAUGGAACAGUGAGAAAAGAUGUAUUGGACUUACCAAUUCCUUUGGUUUUGGUGGUACGAAUGCAAUCCUUUGUAUUGCUGGCAUGUAGAACAACUCAUUUGUAAUUAAUCAUUUAUUUUUUAAUG